CAAAUUGUCACCAAUGGCAGUAAAACUCCUUUUCUGGGGGUCAAGGUCUUAUGGACUAAUUGGCUCUCAUUCGGCAGGAACCUAACAGAUAAGUCAUUCCGCUGUAUGUCAAGACAAUGCUUGGUUUUAAGACCGCUCUGAAAAUGAUUAAAGUAGUAUGGCAACGUGACAUUGUCAGGAGGCAAGAAGCAGCUUGACAAUUUCCUGUUAAUCAAAUAGCAGCUUGAAGGAAGCCCCUUUCCGUUAAGUAGGACUGCAUGGCCAGCAGCCCCCACUGAAGGGCUGAAAAUGAGCGUCCCAGUGGCUCCAAAGAAAUCAUGUUAUGCUCAGUUGCGGGACAACAGAAAUGGAGUGAAAAAUAGUAAUGAGAAUAUCCUAAGUCUGGGAGAUACAAAUGCCAAUCAAAUCAUGUUGGAGGUCAGUUCCUCUCAUGAUGAGUCUGAGACACGUGACCGGACAGAUGAAAUUGGAAAUGCAAAUUCAAGCGAGCCAGAGAACAGUACCCAUUUCAAUAAGGAAUUCCACCAACUUCAGGGCUUUGGGAAAGGAUCGCAGGCUGGCCCUGCCAGCCUGAAAGACUUUAAAUAUUCCUCGACUGUCCACGGAGGACUCAAUGAAGAGCACACAGUGGAGAGAGGCGCAGAUAUCCUACAGACCCCUCGCAGUGUUCAGGGACCAAGUCUGUCAAGUUGGAGGAACGUUAUGGCAGAGGCCAGUCCCGAGGUUUUGGCUACAAGGGACGCCGACCUUCCCCGCCAUGCUCCUAAGGAUAAGUUGGCAAAGACCCUUGACAAUGAGGAAUUGCGAAGGCAUUCUUUGGAAAGAGCAGGCAGCCCUGCUAUGGUCAUGGAUGGGUCCACGAGGGAGCGUGGCGGGAGCCUGGCCUGGCAGCGUCUGCAGCCCACGCCCCUCGACUCCCCUGAAGCCCCACGUCCUGAGCCCAGGAGUGGGGAGGGGCCGCAGAGGAUGUGCAUCGCCCCCUCUCCAGGAGCAGCUGUUCCUCGAGCAGACAGCACCUCGGAGGGAAAGAGCGUACGUCAUCCUAAACCAUCUACCUCAGCAACCAAGGAGACUGCCCCCUCAGAGACCCAGAUGGAGGGGGGGCAUGGACCGGAAGUUAGCAACGGGAGCACAUCACAUUCCGCCCCUCCAGAGCCCGGGCCAGAUUCAGCUUCAGCCCUGAAGGGAGUCUUGAGUAAGCCAGAAGCACAGUUAGGUCCAGGAAAAGGAGAGCUCAAGCCAGAGCUGAAAUUGGUCCCACCCAAGGCUGGGCAGGAGCUCAAGUCAAUCCAGGCCAGUCUGGGAUGCCCCAAGGAAGGGAGCAUGUUACCCCUCGAGAGGAAGGAGCCAGCUGGGAAAGCACAGCAGGAGGCCGUCCCCAGGGCCCUUGGCCUGUCCCAGGGCAGUGGCCACCACACUGGUGUGGGAAGAGGCAGCAGCGAGCAGGACAAGAGAGCAGUCCACCUAGGCGAGGAGGCUUCUCUUCCGACCACCCCUGCACAAGGCCCUGCUUCCUGGGGAGCCGAGAAGCAGCCCACUGGCAAAAUGUCAUCAGGUGCAGCUAGGAAGUUGGGCGAAGUGGCAUCUGCUGGCAUUUCAGCAGGCGAUGUGCGUGUACCUUUUAUUCCUUAUGAGCCACCUGACAGCAGGCCCUCAGGCAUCAGUGAGGAUGGCGCACUGGUCAGUGGGGACAUGGACAGUACAGCAGUUUGUACUUCACAUCCUUCCAUUGGACAGAGCAACACGGGGGUCCCUGAACCCCUCGGCCCUCAGAGCAGCAGCUCAGAAGUAGGGGAUAGCAAAGAGACCACUACAUCUGUUGCAGAAGAUAGGAACCUCCUAGAAAAUGCAGCAAAGACUAAAAGUACCCCAGGGGGAGCAGGUGCUCUUCUCAGUGGCCCGGCACCCCUCCACCCAGAGACAACUGUGAAUGUGACCCACCAGCCUCCACCACCUAGUAGCAGUGUUCAGGACUCAGGCGCGUUAGGUGCGGAUGCCCGGUCACCCUCGGCGGCCGCGCCCCCCACCGAUAAUGCGCGGUUGUUGGACACCCCCCCGAAAGUGCCUGACAAGAGCACCUGUGUCCCUGGGAUCCCCGAGCCUGUCUUCCCACAUUCUGAGGACACCCCUUCCUCAUGGGAAGGGAUGGAGAACCACCAGGUUGAAAAAACAGAAGAAAGGACAGAACCCAAGCCCAUCAUUCUGCCCAAGCCCAAGCAUGUGAGGCCCAAGAUCAUCACCUACAUCAGGAGGAGUCCUCAGGCCCUUGGCCAGGUAGACACUUCGCUGCUUCCGGUGGGGCUUCCUUACGCUCCGCCCACAUGUACCAUGCCUCUUCCCAAAGAGGAGAAGGCGGCAGGCGGUGAGCUGAAGCCACCUGCCAGCCUCUACGAGAAGUACAAGCCGGACUUGCAGAAGCCGCGGGUCUUCAGUUCUGGGUUGAUGGUGUCCGGGAUCAAGCCCCCAGGACACCAUUUCAGUCAAAUGAGUGAAAAGUUUUUGCAGGAGGUUACAGAACGGCCUGGAAAAGAAGAAUUUUGCUCUUCUUCCUAUACUCAUUAUGAAGUUCCGCCAACUUUCUAUCGGUCGGCCAUGCUCCUUAAACCCCAGUUGGGAUUGGGUGCAAUGUCCCGUUUACCAUCUGCAAAGAGCAGGAUCCUGAUUGCGAGUCAGAGGUCCUCAGCGAGUGCCGUCCACCCACCGGGACCCAUUGCGGCAGCCGCCAGCCUCUACAGCUCCGAUUCUGCGGCGGAUUUAAAGAAAGCCUCCGGUUCAAAUGCUGCAAAAUCCAAUCUACCCAAAUCUGGACUUCGUCCUCCCGGAUACUCACGUCUCCCCGCAGCCAAGCUGGCGGCGUUUGGCUUUGUGCGGAGCUCCAGCGUGUCUUCGGUCUCCAGCACCCAGUCUGUGGACAGCGCACAGCCUGAGCAGAGCCGGCUGGCCAACCGGUCAACCUUUGGGAAUGAAGACCAGCCGGUUCUGAAGGCAGCUCUGCCUUCCAAAGACACACCCAAGGGGGCCAGCCGGGCGGCCCCUCCAGCAACCCCCAGUGUAACAACACCCCGCAGGAGUUUGCUUCCGGCACCAAAAUCCACAUCUACACCCGCUGGAUCAAAGAAAGAAGGACAGAAAGAUCAAGAUGUUAACAAACCUGCUGUUUCAUCUCCUAAGAGAGCUGUGACUUCAGCCACCAAGCUUCAUUCACCAGGAUACCCCAAACAGAGGACUACAGCGCCCCGAAAUGGGUUUUCCCCCAAGCCAGAACUGCAGAACCGCGAAGCUGAGCGGCAGCUGGUCCAGCGGCUAAAGGAGAGGUGCCAGCAGCAGGCCCGGCAGCUGGGCCUCAUGCAGGGGGAGCUGCGGAGAGCUGUGUGUGGCUUCCAGGCGCUCGCCGUGUCCACUCAGUAUUUCUCCAGAAAGAAUGAAAGUGCCCUUGUGAAAGAAAAAGAGCUGUCAAUCGAGCUUGCAAACAUCAGGGAUGAAGUUGCCUUCCAUACAGCCAAGUGCGAGAAACUACAGAAGGAGAAGGAGGACCUGGAGAGGCGGUUCGAGGAGGAGGUGCGGAAGCUGGGCUGGCAGCAGCAGGCGGAGCUGCAGGACCUGGAGGAGCGGCUGCAGUUGCAGUUUGAGGCGGAGAUGGUACGGCUGCAGGAGGAGCACCACGCACAGCUGCUGCACGUCCGGUGUCAGCACCAGGAGCAGGUAGAAGAUCUCACAGCCAGCCAUGAGGCUGCUCUCCUAGAGAUGGAAAAUAACCACACGGUAGCCAUUGCGAUCCUACAGGAUGACCACCACCACAAAGUCCAAGAACUGAUGUCUACCCAUGAGCUUGAAAAGAAAGAAUUGGAAGAAAAUUUUGAAAAGCUGCGGCUGUCCUUACAGGACCAGGUAGACACGCUGACCUUCCAGAGCCAGUCUCUGCGGGACCGAGCCAGACGCUUUGAGGAGGCUCUGAGGAAGAACACGGAAGAACAGUUGGAGAUCGCAUUGGCUCCCUAUCAGCACUUGGAAGAAGACAUGAAGAGUCUGAAGCAGGUAUUAGAGAUGAAGAAUCAGCAAAUACACCAGCAGGAAAAGAAGAUUAUUGAGCUGGAAAAACUGGCAGAAAAGAACAUUAUCCUAGAAGAAAAGAUCCAAGUUCUCCAGCAGCAGAAUGAAGACCUCAAAGCAAGGAUUGACCAGAACACCGUUGUCACAAGACAACUGUCGGAGGAAAAUGCUAAUCUCCAGGAAUACGUCGAGAAAGAAACCCAGGAGAAGAAGAGAUUGAGCCGAACCAACGAAGAGCUGCUUUGGAAGCUCCAAACGGGGGACCCAACGAGCCCGGUGAAACUCUCCCCCACGUCCCCCGUUUACCGUGGCUCCUCCUCGGGGCCCUCCUCUCCCGCCAGAGUCAGCACGACGCCCAGAUGACGCCGCACCAAGCAGCCUGCGGGAGCCGUGGCUCCCGCGAACCCCGAGCUUCCACCCGGAGGGAGUCAUGACCCGGGGCCCGCCCCUGGCGGGCCCUGCGCGCAUGCUCAGUAGCUGCACAGCUGCGUCCUAAGCAAAGUCCUCUUCUGAUCCUCAUAUAAGACUGCCCUGGUGUUGGCACUUAGGAAAGCGUAAACAGUAGUGUCUGGUGUGCAAACGUUUGACCGUAGUUAGAGCCAAAAGAAAGAAACUCCCAGCUGUUCUCGAGCAAUGAACUCUCACUGCAGAAUUUCAGGUUAGUUACAAAUAGCUCAGUUUUGAAUAUACAUUGAAUUAUCAUGUGUACUGCACCGAUCUGUGUGUAUAUUGAGAUACACGUAUAUACACAUGCAGCGGUUCUGAAUUGCAUUUUUUUAUAACAUGAUGUGCUGACAUAUUUUGGUGAAGGUCAGCAGUUUUCUAACUUGUGCCUAAGAAUUAUUGGGAUAUGAAAAUGCAUUUCUAUCUAGCUUCCCAGGAAUAUUUCUACCCAAAAUAGAAAAAGGAAAAAAAAAAAGAUACAAAGAAGAAGCGCCUUUCCGCCUACCACGAAGUGGUACUCUAACACAAACACCAGCGAUUUGUGAACGGUAACUGCCUUUGGAACAGUCUGCUUCUUAGUCAACAUGAUGUGAGGUCACUACUAUUCCAUUUGCGAGUUUUAAUUAUUAAUACUCCUGUCGUGAGUGCCUAAAGGACAGCAGCAGGAAGCCCUGAAGGGUUUAGCAGUUUUGCCGAUGAUACGACAGCGAAUCACCCAGUCUUGUAAACACAGGUUUUGCUUUUUUCCUAAGUGGCAUCUUGGAAUCCAUCAUGAAGCUACUACACCCUCCGGAAAAUAUGGAGGAGCAUGACCUUCUGGAGUGAGGGUGAGGAUGACCUUGGAGUUGGCCAAGACCGUCCGUGCUCCAUCCUCCAGAAGGGAAAUUGCUGAUAGGAUCUGUAUUCGGACGGAGCACAGAG